AUGGAAGGAAAAGGCAUUUCUUACAGUCAAGUAACACUGGCAUUAUUUAUGCUGUAUCAUUUACCAGGAUACCAGACAACAAAGACACACAGACAAGCAAAUAUAUGUGCCAGUAUUGUUAGUGUUUGGUCUGUUGGCAGGGAAUUCCCAGAAAAUUCAUGUGUGGUUGUUGUUGCUGUAGUAAACCUAUUUGCUCAGUCAAUCUACCCGUUUUGGAACGGACAGAUACAAGAGAAGAAUUUUACUUGGCUAACACCUGCUCAAUUCACCAAGCAAAAGCUUAUUUUAGCAGAUAUUGAAGCAUGUGCAUAUUUGUUGCAGAGAAGUGGUGUAGACUCAAUUAUAAAGGAUGGUGCUAUUUCGAGUAAGUGGCAGUCGAGUGUAAUAGUGAAUUGUUUCAAGGGCAAGGGUGAUGCAUUAGAAAGGGGUAACUAUAGAGGUCUGAAGUUGGUUGAUCAAGUAAUGAAAGUUAUUGAAAGAGUGAUUGAUAAGUUACUUAGAGAAAGAAUUGAUAUAGAUAAGAUGCAAUUUGGUUUUGUUCCAGGGCGUGGCACUACAGAUGCAAUAUUUUUACUCAGACAGCUUCAGGAAAAGUAUUUAGGAAAGAGAAAGAAUCUCUAUUUUGCCUUUGUAGAUUUAGAGAAAGCUUUUGAUAGAGUGCCACGUAAAGUUAUUUGGUGGGCUAUGAGAAAAUUAGGUGUGGAUGAGUGGCUAGUUACGAUGGUACAGUCUAUGUACAGCAAUGCUAGAAGUCGUGUCAGGAUUAACGAUUCACUUAGUGAUGAAUUUAGUGUAAAUGUUGGUGUACAUCAGGGUUCUGUACUUAGUCCUUUGUUGUUUACUCUAGUCUUAGAAGCGCUGUCGAUGGAGUUCAGAACAAGUUGUCCAUGGGAGUUAUUGUAUGCAGAUGAUUUGGUUCUCAUAGCAGAGUCGAUGGAAGAAUUAGUUGAAAAGUUUGAGAAGUGGAAGAAAGGACUAGAAGAGAAAGGGCUAAAGAUAAACACAGCAAAGUCUAAAGUCAUGAUUAGUAGCAUUGCAGCCAAGUGUGACCUUGUAGUUGGAAAGUGGCCUUGUGGAGUUUGCAGGAAAGGGGUUGGUAGUAACUCAAUUUUUUGUCAGACUUGCAAGCAUUGGGUACAUAAGAAGUGCAGUAGUAUUAGUGGAAGGUUAAGAGCUGACAUACAGUUUGUAUGCAAGCGUUGCAAAGGUGAGAUUAUAGAGAAUGAAGUAUUUCCAGCUUUAAUGAUUUACAACAGUGGCUCAUUAGAGAUAGUUGAGAACUUCUGUUACUUAGGUGAUAUGUUGGGCAGUGAAGGGGGUGUUGGAAGAAGUGUUACUUGCAGGAUAGGUUCUGCUUGGAAAAAGUUCAGAGAGCUACUUCCUUUGUUGACUAGCAGAGUCCUGUCAAUUGAGGUAAAAGGUAGGUUGUAUGAGGCCUGUGUAAGAAGUGUUAUGUUGUACGGUAGUGAGACAUGGGCAGUGAAGCAGGAAGAUCUUGACCGUUUAGAAAGGAAUGAUAUGAGAAUGGUUAGCUUGCUUCUUAGCUCAUCUGAACUCUUUCUGUCUCUCAGACUGGCAUUACACAUCCACCUAUAACCAUUCUCAUAUCAUUCCUUUCUAAACGGUCAAGAUCUUCCUGCUUC